GGAAGGGGAGGGAAGAAGAAAGGCAGGGCGGCGUGGCCUCGCGCUUUCAAUGCCCGGCCUCAGCAUUUGCUUUGACCGCCGACUGUUUAUAGCAGGCAACGCUGAUUCUAGGGUUCAUGGCUACGUCGGACCCCGGCAAAUUUCGCCGAUGUUUUCGUGCUCAUCUGCGCCCAAAGCAGCCAUGGCGCUGGCAAGUCGCGAGCUUGUUGCGCUGGUGUGAGUGUCGUGGAGGUCGUCUGCAAGAUUGGCACUGCCCUCGUCACAAUGGGAGACUCUUCUCUGAACGAAAUGAUGGAGGAAGUGCGUAAGGCCGUGGACGACACCAUGAUGCCUGUCCAGCGCUACAUCUACUUCACACUUCAGAGGUCAUUUUAUGAGUGCGGCCUUAACUGCUUCAACAACAAGAAGGCUUCGCAAAAUGAAAUUCAGGGUUGUCUGACGAAAUGUCAACAGCCCUUGCAAAGAGCGCAAAUGGUGGUCGACAACGAAUUGACGAGAUUUCAAGAACGUUUGGAACGCAGCUUCAUGGUUUGUCGCGACAAGGUGGAGUCAUACGAUGGGAUUGCUUCAGAUGACGAGACAAAAGUGAGGCAAAUGGAGAGUUGUAUGGAAGGAUCUCUGAGGGAGCAUAUGAAGGUCCUUCCUCGUCUAGCGAGCAAUAUCCAGACGCAAAUAGCGACGAGUAAAUGAAGGCAACCUAGGAGACGUUGGAAACUCUGUGCGGCUGCCGCUCGCUCGUUAUGGCAGAUUGUUCAGUCUGUGGACCUGGGUCCAAGUUCUUCUCAUGCGCACGAGCCUCAUUUCCUCCAGCGGUUGGAGACGAUAGUUGCAUCAUCCAUAGCAGGUUGAUGGUGUCCUUCUAUCGCCGACCGAGGAAUUGCCUUAGGUCGAGGCAGUUGCCCGCCAAUCGCACAUCCAAAUGUGAAGCAGUCAACUCUGGUGGAUUCGAACAGGUGUCUUGGAUAUUUGUCAUUGUAUUAACCCGUCUGUACGGUGUCCGAAUUCACUCUGCAGUCUAGAAAUCCCUUCGAUGGGUUCACCAACAGUCUAUGGUUGUGAGGGCACAAUCGAACUUGACUGUGUAAGGCAAAUGGCAAGAGGAGCCUUUAUUAGCGGGAAUACGCACCGCUGAGGUACAGCUCUCUCGAGAGCGAUUAACGACCUCUGGAUGUAUCAAAAGUCUACAUCAUUUGGAGAAACUACGCUUGUGUGUCCACGGGCACGAGCCUUCAAACAUUGUGUCCAAUUGUUGCUAAGCAUUAUGAGCUCAGUUGUGAAGGGUGGCCAGUAUAUUUAUGAAGCAUCUGAAGCGGAUGACGGAGUAUGUCAUGUUUGUCCAGCCUCGAGGAUCAACUGGUAUAUAUUUAAGGACUAACCGCAGUUGUAAGAAAGAGCAGGUUUUGUGUAGAAAUCUUUGAUUGCCGUUCUCUAUCAAAGUGAUCGUGAGCUUCCAACUAAGUCGAGGCACAGAGGCAGUCAACGUGGGUGUUUUCUUCAGUGAAGUGAUUAUUUGCUUCAAAGUAACUGAGGCUCAGAGAAAUUGUGUAGAGGAGGCUUCCUCUCUAUGGCGUUUUGUCUUUCUCAUCAUCAGAAGCCGUAUCCAUGUUGUAGUUUAGUCUUCCCCAGGAUCGUUACGAGCCACCGAUGUGGAGUGCUCUAUCGUGUUUAUUCAGUCCUCCCCGUAUUCAACACUGCGUUGAGAAACACUUGAUUCAGUACGGAGAAAUGUCCAGGAAUGGUCUCGCCCUCUCAACAGCAUGGAAGUCGUAUGGAU